GGAAGGAGUAGGGGGGGACGCUGCCGGCAGCCAUUAUCUGGGAGCGCGGCGCGCCGGGCGCGGAGCCGGGCUCUGGGCUGUCUCGCCGGCUCUCCGAGGCCGCGGCCUUGCCGCUGGGCGGAGGUGGGGCCGCCAUGGCGGCUUAGCCUCGCCCCCACCCUCCCCUUCCUCCCCGCUACGGUCGCCGAAGGCGCGGCGGCGGCGCGGCCUAGCCGGGAGGGCGGAUCCUCGGCCUCGCGUUGCGGCUCCUGCCCGCGGAGGGCCGCCCUCCUCGGGGGGCCAUGUCCCUGGUGGCCUAUGCCAGCAGCGAAGAGGAGAGCGAUGCGGAGGAGGCCGCGGGUGAGGAGGAGGAAGCCGCCGCUUCUUCUCCUCCUCCUCCUGCUGCAGCUGAGCAGCCCCCGGCCCGGGGGCUCUUUGCCACCUUGCCUCCCCCCAAAGCCCCCGUGAUGCCCCCGCUGCCCCCGCCUCACCAGCCGCUGGGCAGCGGUUUCCCUCUGCUGCCGCCGCCGCCCCACGGCGGGCCGCCCCCUCCUUUCCUUAUGGGCCCCCCGCCUGGCAUGAGGGGCUUCGGGACCCCUCCACCGGGCAUGAGCCCGGCCCAGGCCUCGGCCGUCAGCCUCCCUGAGCCGGCUGCCAGCGGGAACGGGAGCGGGGAGCAGCCCAGGCUGGGGGGGCUCCUCCUGCCUCCCCCGAGGAACGCUGCCACCACCACCACGACCGCUGCCUCUACCCUCAACUUGCCCCCUCCUGUCUCGGCCUCUGCAGCUCUGCCCGGGGCUGGGGUGGAUUUGAACCUCCCCAAGCCAAAGAAGAGGACGGAACCGGUGCGGAUCACGGUGCCCGAGUUGCAGAAGGGAGAUUCAGAUUCGGAGGAAGAUGAACCAGCCAAGAAGAAAAACACUCUUCAGGGACGCGGCGAGGGCUCUGGCUUGUCCGCUUUGCUUCCUCAACCCAAAAACCUGACGGUGAAAGAGACCAAUCGGGUGCUUUUACCCUACGCUUUCUCGAGGAAAACGGGAGAAAACGCCUCCGACUCCAAGCCCUCGAAAGCCCCCACCUCUUCCUCCAAAAGCAAACCUCUCUCCAAGCCGGCGGUGCCCACCACUCCUUCUCCCUCCGCCAUCAAAGCCGCUGCCAAAAGCGCUGCCCUGCAGGUAACCAAGCAGAUCACGCAGGAGGAAGACGACAGCGACGAAGAGCUGGAGCCCGAGAACUACUUCUCCUUGUCUGACAGGAGCGAGCCCAGCCUGCUGGGGGCAGAGACCUACGUUUAUUCUGCCACGGUGGGGGCCGAGGACCCACCGCCCGGGACGGAGCCCGAACCCCAAUUCCAGGACGCCGCCGCCAACGCCCCGCUGGAAUUCAAGACGGGAGCGGGCUCCAGCGGUGCCCAGCACAGCUGGCUGCCCAAACCCGAGGAAGACUACGGUGGCCAGACCUACGGCCAGUUCCCCGCCUACGGUGAGGCCGGCGCGGCUGGUGCUUAUUAUCAGGAUUACUACAGUGGUGGGUACUACCAGGAGAUGGAACCGGCCCAGGCGGCGCCGCAGGAGAUGAGCAACGACUCCUCCUUCAUAGAUGACGAAGCGUUCAAGCGCCUCCAGGGCAAACGGAACCGAGGGAGGGAAGAGAUCAACUUUGUGGAUAUCAAAGGUGAUGACCAGCUGAGCGGAGCCCAGCAGUGGCUGACCAAAUCCUUAACUGAGGAGAAGACCAUGAAAUCCUUCAGCAAGAAAAAAGGAGAUCAGCCCACGGGGCAGCAGAGGAGAAAACACCAGAUCACGUACCUGAUCCAUCAGGCGAAGGAGAGAGAACUGGAACUGAAAAACACAUGGUCUGAAAACAAGCUCAGCCGACGCCAGACUCAAGCCAAAUACGGAUUCUAACACCCUCUUGGCCCGUUUUUUUUUUUUGGCUGGUGACCCUCUGGGUCAAACAUCUCCUGGAGAUCAACAGGGCCCCCCUCCUCCGUGGUCUGCUGGGUGGGCAGGGGGGGCUCCGAGAGAGGUUUCGUGCGAGCCGGUCCUGAAACUCCACCUGUAAUCUUUCCCCUUCCCUCUUCUGAAUGAUAACGUGGAAGGUUCAAAGCAAAUCUGUCCCCCCUGGAUGGUGACAGUCCCCAAGGCAGCUGUGGGAAAGGUGCCCAAAGCUUCUGGCUUGUAGCUCCGGGGGCUCCUCCUCUGCUGGAACUUUGGGCAGAGUCUCCAGAAAUGCUCCCAAUUCCCGCUUUCCUCCUUCCUUGGACUCACUGCACGUUGAAAGUGUUAAUUUUUCUUUCCGAAAGACAGUGAGUUUCAAGAGCCUGGCUUUUUUUUUUGUUGUUGUUCAAAAAAGAAAGAAAAAAAUCCUUUUAUUUUUAUCCUCACGGCUGUGAGUAACUCCGCCGCUCCUCCCAUGUGAACGACUCGGAUAAUUGGAGUAUUUUGAUUAUUUUUUUUUUAAUUUUUGAAAGGGUGGUUAAGGCGGUGUGUUUGUCCUCAGCUCCUCCAGUGUCUCCACCCACGCUGAGGGGGAAACUCCUUUGCAGGUUGGAUCUUGCCGUAGAGAAAACUCCUGGAGCGUGGAACGCACAAUUAAUAAAAAGCAGCCGGGAUCCCUCUCCCAGCACGAGGGCUUUUGGAUAACCCUGCUCCGUGUGUGUACGUACCCUUUUCCUUUCCCUCUUUUUCCCUCUUUUUCCCUUUUUUUCCUCUUCCUCCCCCUUCCCCAAGCCCCCCGGUGCUGUUCCAAGCCACCCCCUGGACUUUUUGAACCCGUUAUUCCGCACGGCGCAGAGCGGUGAAGCCGCAGCCUUUCCUCUGAGCUCAGAUGAAAGCUGCCAACUGUACAUUUAUUUUUAUUUCCAUUUUAGUUCCGCCUUGUUUGUAUCAAUCCUCUUUCAAUUAAGUGUUAAACCUUUCCCCUCCUGGCUCGGGAAGAGGAGACCGUGUCCGGCCUUAACAUUUUUUUUUUUCUUUUUAAUUUUUUCCCCUCCGGAGUGAAAAAAAUCUUGCUUAUUUUGAAUCCCUUCAAUCUUUAUGAAAGGGAUUUCGAAGCGAUAACGACCGCGAAUCAAGUGUGACCUCGCUGGCCACAUCCACCCAUCGUUAGCCCAAAUCUCUGGGGCUUCCAUUCCUCCUUCACCCAAGGGAAGGGAGAGCUGGGUUAUUUAACUUCACAUUCCCACUGCUGAGGGCUUCUAUUUCUUGUAACCGUGGCUAAGAUUUGUUAUUCCAUUUAGGGAAAAAACUCCCUAGAGGUUGUUUUUUUUUUUUUUUUCUCCCCGUUACCUGUUAAAAAAAAACAAGCGAAACCCCCCGGAAUGAAGUCUUUUCUUAGAAUAUUUUAAAAAUUGAAAAAAAAAAAAAAAAAAAAAGGAUCUGAUUUUCUUAGUUUAGUUCCCUGGAUGUUUUAGUACUUUGCAGAGCCCGUUUUUUUGAGUAUUUGAAUGAGCGGAAUAAAGUUACUGUUGAGUAAUUUAUUCAUAUCUUAUAUGUACAGUGAAAUCCUCUGAAAAGAGAUUUGAUAAAAGGAAUAAACUUUUAAAAUGAA